UUAUUUUGAAGGGGCAGAUCACACUGGAGUACCCCUGCACCCACUCUCCCCCCUCUAGGGAGCUCGUUGCAGGAAGAGUCGUCUCGGCGGAGGUCGAGCUUCUAAAGGCUGGUGAGGUUGGGUUGAUAGGUUGGAAGCUGCAAAACUCAUACAACAUUUCUCUUCAGGAACGGCGAGGCCAACUUUGGGAGCUCUACGCAUGACAGCCACCAUAUAUAUUUUGAAUCCUUUUCGACCCAAUUUCCGACGGGUAAACUUUUAGGGCAGGCUCGUUCAGAAAUCGGGUCGCCAGCCUUCAUUAUGUUCGGCAAGCCCGCCAUCUUCUUGCUCCUUCCGUUGAGACCCAGGAGCCACCUGACCCUCGCAAUCGAAAAUGAAGAAGAAGAAGAAGAAGAAGAAGAAGAAGAAGAAGAAGAAUAAUAAUAAAAAUAGGAGGAGGAGGUGGUGUUGUAGCUCUGAGCUCUCCCAGUCACGAGGAGGUUGAAGUUCAGAAUAGGGCAAGGGUUCGGUAUUCGAGGCGUCGAAAAAGUCACUAAUCAAGGGUCGAAAGGGUCGUCAUGUCUUAUAGGCAGCAUGGCUCUAGACAGGUCAGGUCAGGUCAGCAUAUAACGGGCCAUGGGCAGAGAUUUAUUUAGGCUUUUUAAAGGUAUCCAGACGUUGCUUGCUACCGCUACCUCCCUAAAGUCACAGAGAUGAUAUAUCUUUACUUUCCCACCCAAAGAAUUUCAUUCUUCGCUGACGACUACGUCCGGAGGGGUCGAAACUGCAGCAGCUUACUGAGAUCGGUGUUCCCAUGUACGCUUCACUUAUCUGCUGAGAAUUGUUUACGUUGCCACUCAUUGUGAAGGUGACAUCAGUUGACAGAUCAUCAACUUGUCCUGUCCCCAUUUUGCACCUUUUAGUGUUGCAGAACAGGUCCUUUUUAUCCUCGGUCCAUUUUUUGUCCAUAAACGUUCACUUCAGCUUAGUCUGGGAAUUUUAAUCAUGUUUUAGGGGGAAGUAGUAUGUGAUCUUUUGCGUGCUUGAGGCGUCAUAGGACAGCUUUACAAGCGCAUACUGCUAAUAUCCUUGUCAGGACUUUUUUGCUCCAUUAUUCAUGUUGGAAAUUCAGACAUUCUGGAGUUCUACGUGAAACCGAGGAAGAGUAACUUACAUCAUCUAAGGCUCUUCUAGCAUGUGUUGCUUUAGGUAUAAUGAAGUAGAAAUUGCUGUUCCCCUGCACCGACUUCUAACGGAAAAAGAGGCUGUGCUUACGAUCUUGUGAUCUAUUAUUUUCCAAUCACGUCGCUGCUUUUGGCUAUUACUUGCAAAUGCCUUUUCUGCUCAACAAGAAGUUGGAGAUCCUCCGUAUGACAUGUCAAUGCUUGCUCUAUUAAAAAUUUUUCAGGAAUCAUUCAGUCCGGUAAGGUCGCAGGUAACUGUGAGCCCAAACUACCAAAUGCUCCAACUCAACAAGAGGUGUUAGUGUUACGUACGCAGUUGAACAAUGUCGAUUGCAGUUGCUAGCACUCUGAUCCUCCUUGCAACGAGAAGGGCCAUCGAGAUUUUCCCAGAGAAUGUCAAGAACUUGUGGAGCAAAUGGCAGCUCCGCGUGCUGGUCUUACUCAGCCUCUCUUUACAGAUCAUCCUGAUAGCCUUCGGUUCCAGAAGGAAGUGCACAAGGGCAAUCUCGGUGUCCUUUCUCGUCUGGAUGGCAUACUUAACAGCUGACUCCUUUGCAAAUCUCUCGCUUGGAAAUAUCUCCAGCACCCUCGGAGAUGAUUCUCCAAAAGCGGAAACAGUGCUCUUGGCCUUUUGGGCUCCGUUCCUUCUCUUACACCUCGGAGGCCCCGACACAAUCACAGCAUACUCCACAGAAGACAAUCAACUGUGGUCGAGGCACUUGCUUGGCCUCAUCACUCAAGUAGGGGCAACUCUUUACAUUUUCCUAACGACCUGGAGUGGCAGCGCUCUCACGUUCUUAACCAUUCCGAUGUUUGUUGCUGGCACAAUCAAGUAUGGAGAGAGGACCUGGGCUUUGAGAUCAGCAAGUUCCGAUAACUUCAAAGUUCCUGCAUUGUUAUCUCCGACCCAGUUUGGGAUUGACUCCAUCAGUCCUGAUGCCAAGUACCUUCAUGAAGCGUAUUACCUUUUCCUCAUGUUCAAGCAUCUCUUCACAGGCGUGAUCCUUACUUCCGAUGAAGCUGAGCAUAGCUUUGCUAUCAUAAACAAGAAGUCAGCGACAGAAGCCUUCACAGCGGUAGAGAUUGAGCUUGGAUUUAUGUACGAUACUCUCUACACAAAAGGGGGGAUUGUUUACUCUCCUGUUGGUCUUCUCCUCCGCUUCAUUAGCUUCGUUUUUUCCUUGUGCUCGUUGAUAUUAUUCUCAUCCAUCGUUGAUAAGAAUUCUUUCUCCCGCAUUGAUGUGAUCAUAACUCAAUUACUGCUUGUGGGGGCCAUUUCUUUGGAGGUUUAUGCAUUAUUUAUGGCUAUAUUUUCCGAUUGGACGAUGCUUUGGUUAACAAGAAUGGGGAAACCAUGUACCAGUUUCAUGUUCCGGUCGAUAUCCUCCUCUCGGGUAUUUUCAUUCUACAACAAGAGGUGGUCAGACAACGUGGGACAGCUCAAUCUUAUAACUUAUUGUGCAAGGGAUAAUUUGGUGAAGUUCGUUGAGGAUGAGCCCUCCGGGUACCAUUUCAUGCUGAAAACACUGUGGGUCACGACUUGGGAAGGUGUCAGUACCGACAUGAAGGACUUAAUUUUUCAGCAACUUAUGGAGAAGCACAGGAGGUGCGUUGAGUCAGGCUUCGAUCUUAGAGUUGUGAAGGACCUGCUUUCAGAGAGAGGUGAUUAUGCACUUCGAAGGAGAAACAUCCUUAAUGAGCUCCAGUGGUGCACAAUUAGCACAGAAUUUGAGCGUGAGCUUCUCCUCUGGCACAUUGCCACCGAUCUCUGCUACUACUCGGACCUCAAGGAAAGCGGCAACACGAACUGCGAAGCAAGCAGAUUGUUAGCAAAUUACAUGUUCCACAUUCAAGUCUCGUGCCCGCUCUUGCUGCCCAAAUGGAUUGGUAACAACAAGUACAUUGAAGAAACUUAUGCGCAAGUAACAGGUUUCUUCCGCAGCAAAUGUUUCAAGACCGACGCUGCAGAAGCCCGUGUGCUGUUGCUUCGGGAAUAUAAGCCAAGUUUGCAUUCCCUGCAAAUGAAAACGAGUGGGUUGGUGAUACUUGAUGCACUCAGGCUAGCUGGGGGACUGAAGGCUCUCGUUAACGAGCUUGGGUGGAGCAAGGAGCAGCUGUGGGAGAUGGUCUGUGAAGUGUGGGUCGAGAUUCUGAUAUAUGGAGCAGGACAGUGCGAGUGGGAAGCGCAUGCGCAGCAGCUUAGGUGGGGCGGGGAGUUGCUGACCCAUGUCGGGCUUCUAAUGGCACAUUUGGGUAUCACAGAGCAGUUUCAGGGGCGGAAGGUUAUCAUAAAAAUUCCCGAAAGAAUGCCCGGUGACCUCGCAGGGAGAAGCAUUGACGACCCAAUUUUCCAUGAGUUUCCAGCAUGAGGAUUACAAUCAAGAACAGGCUUCUCGUGUGCUAUAUUCAACCUUGAGAGAGCUGAGUUUAGUUCUCGCAGAAUUCUUACAGUUUCUUCCAUUACUCCGCUAUGUACUUCAAAUGCAAAUUUGAUUUUUGACUGUUCGAUCAUGUAAUUCACGUCAUAACCUUAAACCGCGUUCAAGGCA